AUGGAAACAAUAAAAGAAUACCCAGAUGAUAUGCUACCACAAGAACCUGUUUCCUAUUUACGCAUUCCAUCAUCUCUUCCCGAAACUUAUAAAUCAACAUCCACCGUGUACGAUGUUGAUCCGAUACGUACUUUCAACAAUAAUGAUGGUGAUGACGUAGAAGUUGAGAUUGAUUUAGAAAAACUAUCACCCCCAUUACCACCAGAUGGAGGAUGGGGUUGGUUCAUUGUAUUUGGUAGCUUUUUAUGCAUGGUACUUGUGGAUGGAAUGUGUUUUUCCUAUGGACUAUUUCUUAGUGAAUUAGAAGAAACAUUUGGUGCAUCAAAAAUGCAAAUGACAUUGGGGGGAUCAUUAUUAACUGGAUUUUACUUCAUGGUUGGUCCUCUUGUAAGUGGUCUUUUAAACAAAUUUGGUUCAAGAGAAGUUGUCAUUGUUGGUACUUUAAUUUCAACAAUAUCAAUUCUAGCUAGUACAUUUAUUUACAAUUUGGAUUUAUUUAUUGUUAUAUUUGGUAUCUGUGGUGGUAUCGGAUAUGGAUGCAUUUACCUUCCAGCGGCCACAGUAGUCACUUCCUGGUUUGUAAAAAAACGUGCCACUGUAACUGGAAUUAUAAUGGCUGGCAGUGGGAUUGGUGGUGUAGUCUACAGUUUAGUAGUUCCAUCUCUAAUUAAGAUGUAUACAUGGCGUGGUUGUAUCCUAUUGUUAUCUGGUGUUAAUUUACAUUGUGCUAUAGCCGGUGCUCUAUUUCGUCCAUUACGUCCAACUGAUUAUAAGCAUGAAUACAAUGAAAGUGAGGACGUGGAAAACAUGUAUCCCAAUACAACAGCGACCUUUACAACAGAUCCACUACUGGUUGAAAAUGAAACUGAAGCAUUAACGCGACAAAAUACUGAAUUAAAUGCUACAAGUGAAAUAGAUCAUUCUGUAUCUAAUAUAAAUUCAAUAAGAAAACCAAAAACUUCAAUUAUUAAAUUACCACCGGAAAAAGGAUUAAAUUAUCCAUGUCGUUUAAAACGAACCAGUACAAUUGAUGAAGGUGCGGUGAUUACCUAUGGAAAUCAAAUUGUUCCCGGAAAUAUCCAGAAUAAUCCUUCUGAAGGUGUGCCUGUAAUGAGUCUUGAAGCAGUGAAUCGUAUUGUAGGAGAUGUUCUCAAUCGUCAAACAAUCACAUCUUGUACAAGUUUAGCACCUCCAGAAUUCACCGCCAAACCUAAGUUAUCCGUAAUUCAGUCACCAAGAUCCAUUCAUUCAAGUUACAUACAAGCAGAACCCAAUGAUCCUGCUGUAGCACACAAAAGGUCAGACAACUUUGGAAGUAAUGCUUUUUUUGCUUCAGUUGUUUCAUUAAAAAUGCCCUCAUCAGAAUUAAAUCAAUUGAAUGAUCCAUCAAUUUGUCAAGCUAUCGUAAAUGAAUUACAAAGAGAAAUGUCAAGACCAGCUUAUAAGAAAGAUUUAUUCCUUAGUGGAAGCCUGAUACAUCUUAAUGAAUUCCUAUCUACGACUGAUGUCGCUUCAUAUAUUCGAUCAGUUACAAUGCCCGCUGAAGAAAUGCAUAUACGUCGACCAAUAUGGUCUAUGAUUAAAAAUGUUUUGGAUAUAGAAUUAUUGAAAAGUCCAACAUUUAUACUACUUUCAAUUUCUAGUGUACUCAGUAUGAUUGGCUAUUGUGUUCCAUAUCAAUUUCUAAAAGAUAACGCUCAACAACUUGGUGCAAGUGAAUCAUCUGCAUCGUAUUUAUUAGCUUAUCUUGGUGGUUCAAAUACAGUUGGAAGAAUAUUGACAGGUUGGUUAUCUGAUCAAUCAUGGGCUAAUGUACUUUACAUUAAUAACAUUUCAUUGGUUGUAUCUGGAUUACUUACAUCUUUGGUCCCGUUAAUUACAGUUUACGGAGGAUUGAUUGGCUAUUCAUGUAUAUAUGGACUCUCAAUAUCUGCAUUCAUAUCUGUUCGAACAAUUUUAAUUGUUCAAGUUUUGGGUUUAGAUCGAUUAACCAAUGCUUUUGGUUAUAUGUUACUAUUUCAAGCUUUCGCAUAUAUUGGAGCACCACCAGCAUUCGGUGCUAUGUAUGACCGGUACAAAAACUUUAACUUAAUCUUUAUACUUGGUGGAUUAUCUGUUUUUAUAUCAGGUUUACUUUGUUUACCAUUAGCUAAAUUAUCUAAAUGGGAAAAUCGUGAAUUAUAUCAAUCAAAUGAUAAUGAAAUGAUUUAUGAUAAAACGAAUGAUCAAAGUUUAUAUCCUAUACGUUUAUUAAGACGUAUACGUGAUUGGUUUAAUAAACAUUUUCAAUGUUCUAAACAUUCAAAUGAUAUUUAUUAG